CGCUCUUCGGAGCGCAUACUCUGGGUCGACGCCAUUUGUAUCAACCAGUCCGAUAGGGAAGAAUGUUUUUCGCAAGUGAAACACAUGGGCAGGGUGUAUAAAAAGGCCAAGGAGGUACGCAUCUGGCUAGGCUCUUUCACUGAUGUACGUGAGUCAAUGCCAAAUAUACAAGAGGAACUUGAGAAUUAUCAAUCAAGACGAGUUCCGACACUUAGAGAACCCUGCUCUCUCUUAUCCCCAGAAGAAGAUACAGAAGCAGUCUUGAGUAUUAAAGAAGGGAUUAUUGAGAUGGCACUGCUUGAAGCCAUGAAAUAUGUCAUGAAUAACGACCGCCUGCUUGGUCAGGAAAUACACAACGAUUGUUCUCCAGAUGAACUACAAGCUCUCGGAAUGCGAAUCAUAGCUAUGCGACCCUGGUGGCGACGCGUCUGGGUCAUCCAGGAAGCCUCGCUUCCAGAACAGGAUCCAGUCAUGCAAUGCGACUAUAUUGAAAUCGGAUAUCCUAGGUUCCUCGAACUGGCGAGCCAUUGGAUUUUUCCAGGUGCACCAUUAAUACCUUCUCGAACCCACAUACCCCUAAUUGUUCACGGCAUGUUUCAUGAAGGAUAUGAACCAUCCGAAACAUCUCUUGCGAGCCGUCUCCUUACGUACCUGAGCUGUAUGAGUGGAAACUUUGAAGUGACCAAACCUAAAGAUAGGGUAAAUGGACUCGGACCUAGUAGCAUCGAAGAGGUACCUUCAUGGGUUCCGUUAUGGAAAUCAAAAAAAUGGAUUGGAGAGGAUAAAAAUCGUGGAGCUCCAAAAAGU